AUGUCUGGUAUGGGGAAGAGCAAGAGCGUCAGCUUCACCAUGUCUCACUCAGCAACUGCCACUGCAACUUGCAUUGGGCAGACUUCGACUAUGGUUGUUCAGCAGUCGUUUUCAUCUUUGAGUAUCAGCUCUUCAAACUCGGGGCUGCAUGAUCACAUCAACCUCUGCGAGCGCAUUCGUCGGAGUCAGCAGCAGCUCGCUUUCGAUUGCUAUGGGAUGAUCAGAGAUCGCAGUGGUCAGAUGUGCCGGGAGUUUGGCGUCUACCCAAAGUUUGGCUCAUACCGCGAUCAGUGGUCAGUGAUCUCACUGAGAGAGGUCCUAGAGAGCCCGCUGGAGUUCCCACAUAUGCCGGUGUCAGCGAAGCUACACCUGGCAGCUAUGAUAGCUUCCAGCUUUCUUCAACUACACCAAACGCCAUGGCUUCCCGAAAUUCUGACAAGCCGCGAUAUUUUGUUCUUGAAGAGAGGGGCGGAGCUUCAAUACGAGCACGCCUUCGUCAUGAAAGGACUACAAGAAAGCCUUGAAGACAAGCAGAAAGGAAACAACUCGGCACCAAGCAGUCGCUGCCCUGCUCUGCUCGCUCUCGGGAUCUUGCUGCUGGAGCUGAACCUGGGCCGGACGAUUGAAUCGCUUCGGAUCCAGUAUGAGACGCCCCCACCUGGAGCUCCGAAACUGAUGUACGACUCCAUGACAGCGCAGAGGUUGCUACAGGAGAGGCAGAUGGACAGCUUAAAUUACAAGAGCGCCGUGCAACGGUGCAUUGGGGGAGAAUUUGCGCGGCCGAAGCUCGACUUGAAUGAUGAGGACUUUCGGCAAGAGAUAUACGAAAAGGUGGUAGCAUUGUUAGAGACGGAUUUGAAGAACGCGACAUGGUCUUUUGAUGUGGGCAUUUAA